CCGAGCCGGCCGUCGGGAGCGGCUGCAGAGCCCGCCGGCCCCGCCAUGGGCUGCUCCAGCAGCGCCCGCAGCCGCCCCCAGGAGCCGCCGCCGCUGCCGGCAUGCUCAGGUGCAAACACCCUGACUGCAGAUGACCACGGAACUGUAGCUGACCAAGCACAGCUGGAGCCAGCAGAGUGUGUGAGCCUUGCCUCUGAGGAGACCAGCCCAGGCGAGCAGCUGCCGGGAGAGGAGGCUUCAGCCACGAUCCUGAAGGUGGAGGGGCAGACAGAGUCGGUCAGUAAAAGGGAGGAGCCAGAGGGAACCGAGCCCCUGCCUGCAGGAGAGGAGGAGAGCUCUGAGCUGCCCUCUGUGUGGCGAGAGGAGAGCAGGGGGCCUUCACCGCCAGCACCAGGAGAAGAUGCUGGGGCACCAUCUCCAGAACCAGCAGAGGACAGUGGGCUGGUGGAGGGCAGUGACAGCUCUGUAGUGGAAGUUGUCGAGAAAGUACAUGUUACUGAAGAGGAGCACCUCGUUGAGGGUGAGACGGGAGAACAGGUGGAAACUGAGCUGCUCGGUGAGACAGUAAGUGAAGGGCCUGAAACAAAAGAAGAAGAAACAGGAGAAGCUGUGGAUAGUGCAGCAGCGACAGAGAUAGAGACAGCUAAUAACAAGGAAUAGAAGUUAUGUCUCAAUGAACAUCCUCUUCUUGGGCCUGCUCUUCUGUUCUGUUAAAUUUUAUUGGGUUGGGAAAAUAUAAAGGCUUUUAUGGAUUGAACCACAAGCUACAGACACAUGAAUAGGAGGCAUCAGAAAAAGUUUUAUAUAAUACAGAUUUUUUGAAGUCAAGCUGCCAAGACUUCAAGUGUUUGAAACACCCAAACUUUCAUCUCCCUGCCACAGAGUGCCUUCUAUACACACCAGCAUAAUUUUUCAACAGCAGUAUGAUCAUUCCUUUUUCAAUUAGGAGUUUUUCCCAGGUUCAGAUUAACUGGCUUCAAAUUGUUGAAACCUUCAACCAACAUUAUAUAGCAUGAUGAAUACAGUGUAGCUUUUUUCUCUUCAAUUAUUGUAUGUAGGCAGGUUCUCUGAGUGCCUGGACUACCAAUGUAGGCAGCUGCUGAAAUGUACAGCAUGUAGAGGACUGGGAGAGGAAAUUUACCAAGCUCUAACUAAAUGCAGAGGGGAGUUUUCCAGAAAAUAGAAGAUAACAGAGUGCAGUGUCCAGGACCCAUCUGUGUGCUGCUCACUCCCCAUUUUUAAACUCAAAUUUAUUGAAGGGAUUGUAGUACAAUACAGGGGGCAUUUUUAAUUGAGUGGGAUGUUUUAGUUGCAUAAAUCCUAGAAGAUAACUUCACAGCUGUUAACAUUCAUGGCCAAUAAUAAGCUGUCUUUGGGUGUGUAGCUCUCCACAAAUGUGCAUUUGUGGCUUCUAAAAUGGACUUCUAAGAGAGAAAAUACAGACCUGUCUGAGAGACAAAUAUAAGCCUGUUCCCAAAGAAAAGGUUAUCUAUUAUAUUUCUCUAUGCUAGCAGGGACUGUCUGGGUUCUUUUCCAAAAUGCUAAAUAAUAAUUUUGGAGAUGAAGAUGAAUGGCAAUACUUUCAAACAAAUUUCCUGUGAAAACAAGCCCUGGAUAGGAUUUGUGUUUUGGAUCAGAUAAAGAGUAGAAAUUUGUUCUGGUGCUGAAUGUUGCAGGAUCACAGAAUCGAUUAGGUAGGAAAACAACUCUAAGUUACUUGAGUCCAAGUGUUGACUGAACCUUGUCAACUAGACCAUGGCAGUAAAUGCCACGUCCAGUCAUUUCUCAUCCAGGGAUGGUGACUCCAACAUCGCUCCAAUAUUUAGCAACCCUUUUUGUGAAGAAAUUUCUCCUGAUGUUCAACCUGAACCUCUGCUGGCACAGCUUGAGGCUAUGUCCUGUGCAAACGGACUCUCUAUAAUACAAACAUAUAUAAUUGCUGGGGACUGUGUUGGCAAGAUCUCUGGCAUAAGGAUGUAGGACAUGGAGAAAUGGUCAGUUACCUAAAAAUGGCAAGCACAAUAUUGCUCUUUUAUUAGCUUUAUUGUAUAAUAGGACUUAACAAAAAUCCUAACUGUCACCAGCAAAUUACACAAAUCCCCUCUAAGAGAUAAUUUUGUACUGCAUGUACAUGUCUGACUCCAGCUGACUCUGAUUUGUAUUAAAUAAUCUAAUUGAUAUCCUUGGCCUAUUAACCUUUUUUAUAAGCUGAUAGUUCUUGGCUGUGACACUAAAUCUAAGGUUUUCUCCUUAGCAGCAUUCUUAAGAACUUGUCAGUUUCACUUAAUGUCAACUUCCUGUAGGCAACAUCACAAACUUUUAAAAUUCAAGUGCAUACCUUUUUCUUAGGGAAUUUUUGCUAGGUGGAUGUCACUUUUAAUUUAUUUUUUAGUUUUUCUAGCCUUCUGUAAUAAAGAAGCUUAAACGAGCUGCUAGUUCUAUUGAAAAAUCUAUUGACAUUAAAAUGAGUAUCAAAAAUUCAAACAGAAGUAGUCAAAGUUUUUAUCCACAUAGUCAAACCAUUCCAUGAAAAGAAGCCAUGAAAAACAACACCAUGCACUUUCAAGAGCUGAGGAGUAGGGGAACAGGUACUGAGCAGAAUGAGAACACCCCAAAGUGACAUGGAACUGGGCUGGGUGUACAGCCAUGUUCCAGGAUGCCCCAAGCACUUCCACUUCAGCUGCAUCUCAUGGCUGGUUUCCUCCUGUGAGCUGGGAAUUCAGUUCAGCCACCAGCACAUGUGCCAGCACGGCCCCACUCCAAAACACAGGAGAUUAAAUCGGCAGAGACAGGCUGCCUACUGGCAAGAUCAUGAACUGCAGUCUAGCAAGCAUUAAACUAUUUUUAAGCAUAAACCAACAAGAGCUCUGGGACAGAGAUCAGUAGUAUUCAUAGCAACAGAGGAGACUGCACUUGGAAAUAAAAUGUGAAGAUACAAGGGAGUCAAAAUGACCUGCUCACCUCAGAGUCACUCCUUCUACCGCUGUUGUAACAAGGAAGACAGGUGACUAUAUAUGUUCUUCCUCACUGUUCAGCUUCUUCAGGCCAUUAAGCAAUGCAGAUGAAAACAAGAGGAAUAUAAACCAGGCAGUGACUAAACAGUAGCAGUCUUUCUCAAUCAUCUUCAUCCUUACAUAGUCUGUAAUCACAACAGGCAAAUUUUCUUUUUCUUUUCCUGAAGAGGAAGCAUGCUUGAUACUACAUUAAACAUGAAAAGUUAAAUCACCUAAAUUAUUAAAAUGUGCUUGCUAGAAAUAUGCUGUACACUUCUGCCCUGAGAAAUAAGACAUCCCUACCAUGCAAAUUUAAUUGGUUUCUCAAAGAGCUUUCUCCUGUUAAAGGCUGGGAAAAGAAGGAUAUGCUGCAAUAUUUAUGUUUAUAGGAUACACCCCAGAUCUUAAGCAACAUGUUGUUUUUGUUUUUUUUUAAAUUCAGUCAAGCAUUUUUGAUGAUUGUUUUGUAUUUUAUCAAAAGCUAAACAAUCUUCAGUCCUCAAUUCAUCCAAGGUAGAAGUAACCAUUCCUCACAGAAGGGAGUGCUGGCAAGGCACUUGAAAGAACAAACUUAAUGUCCAAGCUAACAAGAAAGUUCUGGUAGAAUUUUUUUUCUAAUUACCAAUAAAUGCAGCCCUGGAAGAGGUUAAAUUUGCACCCAGUCAGCUCUGUGCAGACACAUAGACACACUGCAGGGUCUCAGAAGAUCCCUGCCCAUCUGGCUGGCUGGGGUUGGCUCUUUCACACAGUGAGGAACUGCUUUUAGGUAAACACUGCAGCAAGAGCAAGUGCUGGCAGAAGAAGAUUGGGACAGUUUAUGUGGUUUAACAGAACACAGCUUCAUUAAAACUAGGUGCUGAAAUUUUUUUUUGCAUUGUUUAAUCUGUAGAGAAUAUAAUCAAUAAAAGAAGAAAGAGUCUUACUAAAAGAAACACCUGGUAGAACAUACACAUUUCAGUACUUUAUACACUGCUUUACUUUCACAGAAAGAGGUGUUUUGCUGUGUUUUUUUAGUUACAUGUGAUAGAAACAGAUUUUAAAUGCCGAAAUCAGGAUGCCACAAGAUGAAUUGCAACUUUGUAUUUUGCAUGCAGCUCAUUCUAGCAAAGAAAAAAAAAACAACCCUGUUUUUAACAUACCUCUGUUUAAGACUGGAUUUGUUAAAUGUCUAUGUACUCAGUAGUUUGCAAAUUAAGACCUAAGAAAUAGGCUUUUCAUAUUGGAGAAUCAUGGGUGUUGGCCUUUUUGUUUUAAAGAAUAGAAUCAAAUAAUAUA